CAAAUUCUAAUGGCGGGCUAAAAUCUUCGAUUGAGUCUCUCUCUCUCUCUCUCUCUCUCUCUCUCUCUCUCUCUCUCUCUCUCUCUCUGUGAUAGAGCAGAUUAGCGGCAUCGCUGGUGGAGAUACAACUAUGAGGAAGACUAUGGCGUCUCUGGGACUCAUGUGUGAGAAAGAUUUAGAUGAACAGCGUAAUAAAAUCGAUUCCUUCAUCGCUUCUCCUUUCCAGAGAUCGAUGGACUCAUUACUGGAGCGAGCUCAAGCCACUGCACAAAGCCAAGCGGAACUAGCGAGUAUGAAAGCGGAUCUGAGACAAGCAGAGGAUGAGCACGUUAAAGUGUUGGCAGUGAAGACCCGUAAAGAGGCACGGCAAAUGGGGAUAAGGGAUUCCAUUUCUGCAAGUCAGUCUAGGAUUGAAGUGCUUAGAAGAACUUUGCAGUUACAGAAGUCAAAGAAGGAAGAGUGUGCGAGAAUGAUCUCCCAAAAGAUGCAAGCUUUGUCAACGUCUAAGGAUAAUUCUGAAGACAAAACAGAUAUUAGUGGAGCCAUCUCUUGGUACAAUCAGGCUCUCGGUUUUCAUGUUGAAGCUGGACAUGGAGUUAAAUUCACAUUCACCAACAUUGAUGCAAAAAGGCCGACACGCGAAUUUUCAUUCACAGUUCACUAUGGAAAUGAAAUCUACACACGUGAGUAUAUAUUGGAUUGCGACCUGCAAUUGGAUGAAAUCAAAGGGAUGGUUCAAGAAUUGAAUAAAACCAAUGACUUUUUCAGAUUUGUUCGUCUGAUGAGGGAGACGUUUCAGAAGUCCACUUUAUCUGAGGUGCCAACACAUUCAGAACAUCUGCAACAGGAAACCUCUGUCAUAUCUGCUUCAGCUCCAGCUAUAUCAUUUUCCACUGAUACAAACAUUUCAACUCCAGAGAACAGGAGAUCUAAGGUUCAAGUGAAUCGGCGACAGAAAAGAGCUAGCGAUUCACCACUCCUGUCUCCAGUAUCCACGUCUGCCACUCGGCGUUCUUCUCGCCUUAAGGGUAAGAAAUGAAGGUGGAACUCGGUUUUACUCUUCAUAAGAGUCAAGGAAUGAUGAGGGAGUUUUGGAAACUGUUGUCGACAACAAUCCGUUGUUUGAAUUUAUAUUUGACUGUUUUUUUGUAAUCACGCUCACGCACAAUGUUGAUUUCGUUACUAGUGUGGGUGGCUAUGCACAUUCAGCUUGACAAUCAUGGAUUCAAGGGUCACGAUGGUUGCCUCCAUUUUGACA